CUAUAGCGUCUGCUCCCACCCCUGGGACAAGAUCCCCUAAUGAGAGGCCGGCAGGUGGGCGUGGGGGGCAGAGGCACAGCUUGGUUUCUCAGCUUUGCUCCCCUAUCCUCUGCUUCCCCAUGAAUCUCUCAUCCAGCCCUGCAGGCAUCUGCCUGGCCAGCGGUGAGCCUGAGGCCCUUUCAUCCGGGGACCUGCCGACCUGCCGUCCAUGGCUCACAUCCUCCUGGGUGAAGAAUGUCACCUUGCUUCCUAUCUGCCUCUCUCGUGGUUGGCUGGGGAGGGGGACCAGGGGGUGGAGUGAGGUUAACCUCAUUGUUGUCUUAUAUGGUCAUUUAAAUCUCCCAGGGCUUCCUCCAAGGGCCAAAAAUAAUCCAGAGACACAGCAGCUGUGUCCAGCACACAGAGAGGACCCGGCCAUCUGCUUUGGUUCAGAGCCCUGUGUCUGUCUGUCAGUCAGUCUCUCCCCGGCUCUCCCUCCAUCCUCGUUCCUGCCUGAAGCCAUGACCCGCUUCUCCUAUACAGAGUACUUUUCCCUCUUUCACUCCUGCUCUGCACCCUCCAGGUCCACUGCACCUCCUGAGAGCUCGCCAGCCCGGGCCCCGAUGGGCUUGUUCCAAGGGGUCAUGCAGAAAUACAGCAGCAGCUUGUUCCAGACCUCCCAGCUGGCGCCUGUGGAUCCCUUGAUAAAGGCCAUCAAGAACGGCGAUGAAGAGGCCUUGAAGACCAUGAUCAAGGAAGGGAAGAAUCUCGCAGAGCCCAACAAGGAGGGCUGGCUACCACUGCACGAGGCCGCAUACUAUGGCCAGCUAGGCUGCCUGAAGGUCCUGCAGCGAGCGUACCCAGGGACCAUCGACCAGCGCACCCUGCAGGAGGAAACAGCCGUUUACUUGGCAACGUGCAGGGGCCACCUGGACUGUCUCCUGUCACUUCUCCAGGCAGGGGCAGAGCCGGACAUCUCUAACAAAUCCCGGGAGACACCGCUCUACAAAGCCUGUGAGCGCAAGAACGCGGAGGCGGUGAAGAUUCUGGUGCAGCACAACGCAGACACCAACCACCGCUGCAACCGCGGCUGGACCGCUCUGCACGAGUCUGUGUCUCGCAAUGACCUGGAGGUCAUGGAGAUCCUGGUGAACGGAGGAGCCAAGGUGGAAUCCAAGAAUGCCUACGGCAUCACCCCCUUGUUCGUGGCCGCCCAGAGUGGGCAGCUGGACGCCCUGAGGUUCUUAGCCAAGUACGGUGCUGACAUCAACACACAGGCCAGCGACAGCGCGUCUGCCCUCUACGAGGCCUGCAAGAAUGAGCAUGAGGACGUGGUGGAAUUUCUACUGUUACAGGGUGCCGACGCCAACAAGACCAACAAGGACGGCUUGCUCCCACUGCACAUCGCCUCCAAGAAGGGCAACUACAGGAUCGUGCAGAUGCUGCUGCCGGUGACCAGCCGCACGCGCGUACGCCGUAGCGGCAUCAGUCCGCUGCACCUGGCAGCCGAGCGCAACAACGAUGCGGUGCUGGAGGCGCUGCUGAGCGCGCGCUUCGACGUGAACGCGCCGCUGGCGCCCGAGCGCGCGCGCCUCUACGAGGACCGGCGCAGCUCCGCGCUGUACUUCGCGGUGGUCAACAACAACGUGUACGCCACCGAGCUGCUGCUGGAACACGGCGCUGACCCCAACCGCGACGUCAUCAGCCCCCUGCUCGUGGCCAUCCGCCACGGCUGCCUGCGCACCAUGCAGCUGCUGCUAGACCACGGCGCGAACAUCGACGCCUAUAUCGCCACGCAUCCCACCGCCUUCCCCGCCACCAUCAUGUUCGCCAUGAAGUGCCUGUCGCUGCUCAAGUUCCUCAUGGACCUGGGCUGCGACGGCGAGUCCUGCUUCUCAUGCCUCUACGGCAACGGCCCGCAUCCGCCGGCGCCGCAGCCCUCCAGCAGGUUCAACGACGCACCCGCGUCAGAAAAGGAGCCCAGCGUGGUGCAGUUCUGUGAGUUCGUAUCUGCCCCGGAGGUGAGCCGCUGGGCAGGGCCCAUCAUCGAUGUCCUCCUGGACUACGUGGGCAAUGUGCAGCUCUGCUCGCGGCUGAAGGAGCACAUUGACAGCUUUGAGGACUGGGCCGUCAUCAAGGAGAAGGCAGAACCUCCAAGACCUCUGGCUCACCUUUGCCGGCUGCGGGUUCGAAAGGCCAUUGGGAAAUACCGUAUAAAACUCCUAGACACCUUGCCGCUCCCAGGCAGGCUGAUUAGAUACCUGAAAUACGAGAACACCCAGUAACUGGGGCCAUGGGGAGAGAGGAGUAGCCCCUCAGACUCUUCUUACUAAGUUUCAGGACGUCGUUGUCCCCAACUCCAAGGGGGACCUGGUGACAGAUGAGGCUGCAGGCUGCCGCCCUCUCAUCCUGGACAGCUACCAGGAUCUCACUGGGUCUCAGGGCCAGAGCUUUGGCCAGAGCAGAGAACAGAAUGUGUCAAGGAGGAGAAGAAUCAUUUGUUUACAAACUGAUGAGCAGAUCCCAGACCUCCUCUGCCUUCGGGAAUGGCAGAAACCUCCAUUCCUGGGGCCAGGGCAGAGCUUGAGGUGUUCUGGGGAAGGCGGGCUCAGAGCCUUCCCUGUGCCCCUCCACUUGCUCUGGAAAACUCACCACUUGACUUCAGAGCUUUCUCCCCAAAGACUAAGAUGAAGACAUGGCCCAAGGUAGGGGGUAGGGGGAGCCUGGGUCUUGGAGGGCUUUGUUAAGUAUUAAUACAAUAAAUGUUACACACGUGACA